GAAUGCUUUCUGGGUAAGGCAGCGAGACAGCUGGCAGCUGACUGGAAAAUAAUCUGUUGAGAUGCUGCCAGGGAAUAACUUUGCUGUCCAAGAUUUCCUCCCGCAGCGCUUCCGCCCUGGCAGGCCUGCCCGCUCCCGGCUGUUGGCAGCGGCUUGGCUGGCUGUGCCAGCCCCGGGCCCGCGGCUGCUGCCGCUGGGGAGGCUAGUCCCAGCCUUAGGGAACGGCACCAAACAGAUCCCUGCACGGGGUCGCAGCCCGGCGCCCAAAGAUGCCGGAGUCUGUAGGUUUGCACUCCGAAGCAUUCCGUGCACGAGGGAGGAGAAGGACAUGCACGCAAAAGAUUCAGUUCGGCUUUCCCAGCUUCCCUGUUGCCUUCUGGGGCGUGCUUCUGCAGUUACCUCUGGGCAUAGCCGCCACAUCACGGGGCUGAAUCAUCCAACAGCAAGUGUUCCUAAUAAAACCGAAGUCUGUAACUCCACUGAAACUCCCCUAUUUAGAGAACCUAUAUAAUAAUGGAUUAUAUGAGAUUCCCAAGGGCGAUAUUUUCUAGAGCAAAUGAAUCCCAAAGGCAUUCAAAUGAAGGCCUGAACAGCUUAAUAGAAAAAGAUUUCUAGGUGUAUGUGCCAAAGGCUGUUUCAGAAUUGAUGGCUUUCCCCAAAGUGAAGUUUAACGGGCUCUUGUUUGUUGGUAAUGUUUUGAGGAAACACAAGGUAUUUUUUUAACAGCCAGCAAGCAGAUUUUCUUAUUUUGAUGAGUGUUUAAUACUGCUAAUGUCGAUUAGACAUUUAUCGUAAGCUGCAGGAAACUUUGUCUCUUACCAAAAAACUGGAAGUUCACUCCAGGUCACUUUCGGUUCUGCACUUUUGAUAGCGAUCUCCUUAUCUGAUAGAAGACACCGAGUCAUAUGCAAAGACAAAGUAAUCGUGCCCAAAAUCUUGGCAUAGGGCAAGUAAAAUCAAAGAAGACAAGCCUUUAAGGAAAGAGAGGGAUUCUGAGAAGAAACAGAGAUGGCUAAGGAUCCUGUAGUUAAGGCAGCUUACCAGAGGCUGGAAAUCCCUUGCAGAAGCUGAGAACCAGGAAAAGAACAGUCAUGGGAAACCUGAGUAGGAAACAAGCUGGAACAUAAGAGAUACUGCCCAUUCUUGAGAUUUGGCUCCUGGUUGGAGCUCCAGACAAGAGGCCAUGAAUGCCCAGUCUUUGUGAUGACAGAGGACAUGAAGACAGCUGACUACAGCCAGGUGAAUGGACAACGGGGAAUAACAACAGGAGCCGGUGACUGCCGGCCUUUUGGAUAACGCAGUGCCAGUGCGAUGGAUGAACACGGAGCGGGGAGGCACGAGAAGAGUAGUAGGAAGAGCGGGACUGACGCCCCAGGGGAGACUAUGAGGCAUCUCUUGAAGAUUGUGUCAAAAUGGAUUGUGAGUAUAUGGCGAGGAUCAACCGUUACCGUCAAAGAAAUAAAGUUACAGUGGAUUAUGAUAUCAGUGAGACGGGCCCACCUCAUGAUCCUGUGUUCACAGUUGUGGUCAAAAUUAAUGGUGAGGAAUAUGGCACAGGCACUGGUAAAAGUAAAAAAGAAGCAAAAGCAGUAGCAGCAAAAGAAACGUGUAAAAUGAUUGAUAAACAGCAGGAGAGUCCCUCAAAUAUGGCAGCUGCGGAGAUAAGGACAAGUCAACCAAUCUCAUCACCUCCAUUAGACAAAGAUUUUGUCAGCCUAUUAAAUGUUUAUUCACAAAGGACGCGUCAAAUGAUUGAUUAUACUAACGUAGCUCGUGAUGGAGAUCCCCAUGCUCCCAUGUACACUGUUUUCUGUAAAAUUAGUGGUUGUGUGUGUGGAAGAGGCACUGGACCUUCACUAAUUGCUGCAAAACAAGCUGCUGCAAAAGAAGCAUUUGAGAAGGUGGAAACUGAAAGGUCUAAUGGCAAUUGUACGUCUGACUCAAAAAGCAGCAUUUACUUUGAGGACUCAGCUGCAAAGUUGGAAGAAAAAAUGAAAGACAUGGCUAUUUGUGAUAAGUCUUCACCUUUUCAGGGAAAUGCACAAAGUUCUAUCCCGAAGCCCAAAAGAAUAUUGGCAGCUAAUUUUGCUAAUGUAAGAAACAAGGAAGAGGAAAAAAAUAUGUCAGAUGUAAAUAAAAGUUUGCCAGACAUGGACGCAAAUACUGGAGAAGAGAAUGGGAGUCCACACACUGUCAAUAAAACAUUUCUUGAUCUUUUUGAAGAAAUAGAGCCUAUUGAUAAAGGUGGUUUCGGGACUGUGUUCAAGGCAACAUCGAAGUCUGAUAAGACAACCUAUGCAAUCAAACGAGUUAAAUUCACAGAGAAAGUAGAGCGUGAAGCAAAGGGACUUGCAAUACUUACACAUGAGAACAUAGUGCGGUAUCAUUGCAGCUGGAGAGGGUAUGACUGUAUAAAGGAUCCAGACUCAAGCUGGAUUCCAGGCAAAAAUAUUCUCUGUCUUUUCAUCCAAAUGGAAUUCUGUGAACAAGGGACAUUGGAAAAUUGGAUUGCAAAAAAUGAAAAAAACCGACAGUAUCAUGCAAAGGCACAAAACCAAUUCUUACAAAUAGUGAAAGGAGUGGAAUAUAUUCAUUCUAAAGACUUAAUUCAUCGAGACCUCAAGCCUCAGAAUAUAUUCAUAUCACGCGAUGAUAAAAUAAAAAUAGGUGACUUCGGUCUUGUGACUUCUGUGGCAUUUGAGACUCUGACUGAGGACAGAGGAACAAAAUCAUAUAUGGCACCAGAACAGUCUGGGGACAGAUAUGGAAAGGAAGUAGAUAUUUAUGCACUGGGAUUAAUUUGGUUUGAAAUUCUUUCGGCAAUCACUGGUCAUGAAAAAUCUAGGGUAUGGCCUUCUGUUAGAGAAGGUGAGCUUCCAGAGGACUUCAUGAAACGAUUUCCAACAGAGGCAUCCACAAUAAAGAAGAUGCUUUCAACAUCGCGAAGAAUCACUGUAUCUCAUUUACUUGACAUUGUUAAGUCUGUUGAUACAGAGAAGGCACUUAGAAAUUAUUCUUGUUAA